CCAAAAUGGCAGCGCUCCUGACAUCUACACGUGAAGUGUUUACCGAAGGUGUAAGAGCUGUUUUGGAAACAUGGCCUGUGCUUCAACCUACCUACACCUGAAGAAUGGACAUUCCGUAUGCAGUCAGAAUGCAGAAAUGUUGAUAUUCUCCUAAAUCGUGUAAUGAUCCUGCAUCAGAUCGCUGUUGACAACGGCUUUGGAGGCGUUUACAGCCAGCAGAAAGCAGACUGGAUGGUGGAUGCUGUACAGCAAUAUUUCCACGAUAACAGUGAUCUGCAGCAAUAUGAAGUGGAGGACUUCAUAUCAGAGUUGAUGAAUAAUGAGUUUGAUACCAUGGUGGAUGAUGGAAGCUUACCUGGGGUGGCACAGCAGGUUUGUCAGAUGUUCAAGCAGUGUCAGCAAGGUAAAGUGGAGGAGGUGAAGAGUCAGAUAAGCCAGCUGAAGAAGAAGAGCACGGGCAGGGUGAAGGCCACUGCCGUCAAAAGCCCAGAAGAGGAAGAAGAAAGUGAUGAGGAUGUUCCAGAGGCAAUGGAGUGUGAGGGAGCAGCCCAGACGAGCUCGAGCCACGCACCUCCCCACGAGGCCAACCUCCCUGCCCCGCCCCCAGAUGAGGCUGAGGUCGACGACGGAUGGACGGUGGUCCGCAAGAAGAAGUGAUGUAGCGGCCUGGGCCUCAGAUGGCGCCCUCGAGGGGUCAAAAACCAGGGCAUGUGUGUGUCUGCAGGAAGUUCCCUUUCCGGAUCCUGUCAUGUUACUUCUGCCGUUAUAAUCCAUGUGACCUCUGAUGGGGUUAUCAGGCCAGCUGAACUAACUCGUACACAUGAUGGGUGGAUCUCAGUGACUUUAUAUACUUCCUGUUAUUUUUCCAUUACCCCCAGAAGCAAGAAAAGGACCGCUGUUCAUCAGUGGGACUGAGAGAAGCCUCUGGAAAACUUGCAAAUUGAAUGCACAGUUCUCAACUGAUCCUUUAGCAUUUAUUUUUCCAUCAUGAUGUCUGUCCAGAGUAUCCAAAGUCAGAAGGAUGUUUCACGUCUCUGUGUGGUCAGGUUCUAUGUGAUGUUGGGUGAAGGCAGAGAGGCUUGAAAUACUGGACUGCUGACUCCAGCCUGAUUCUGUGUGGAUGAAUUCCCUGGGGUGGAUUAAGGAGAUGAACCUUGUGGGGGGAAAAUGCUUUUAAAAAAAUUAAAUUAUUCAACAUC